AAACAGUCGAUCAGGCGGUCUUUCCCUAUCGUCAUAACCAAAACCAGGCAGCAGCGGCGAGCAUGCAGCAGCAGGGGGAGUCCGGCGAGGACAUCGUGAUCGUGGGCGCCGGACUCGCCGGCCUCGCCGUGGCGCUCGGGCUGCACAGGAAAGGGGUGGGGAGCGUGGUGCUGGAGUCGUCGCCGGCGCUCCGGGCGUCGGGGUUCGCCUUCGCGACGUGGCCUAACGCCUUCCGCGCGCUCGACGCCCUCGGCGUCGGGGACAAGAUCAGGAACCUCCAUGUGCAGGCUCAGGCGCUGCGUGUCGCGUCCUCGUCCACGGGAACAGUGGCACGAGAACUGGAUUUCUCGGGAAAGCAAGGAGGAGCACCCUUUGAAUUCCGCUGCGUGAGGCGAGACGUGCUGCUCCAGGUUCUGGCGGCGGAGCUGCCGAAGGGCACCAUCCGCUACUCCUCCAAGAUCGUCUCCAUCGACGAACAACACGACGACUCCAAGAUCAUACAUCUUGCCGACGGCUCAACUCUCAGAGCGAAGGUGCUGAUUGGAUGCGACGGGAUCAACUCCGUGGUGUCCAAAUGGCUGGGGCUCGCCAAGCCGUCCUACUCCGGGCGCUCGGCCACACGGGGCCUCGCUUGUUACCCCGACGGCCACACCUUCCAGCCCAAGUUCCUGCAGUUCUAUGGCCAUGGCUUCCGUUUCGGUUAUGUGCCCUGCAACGCCAACGACGUCUACUGGUUCUACACAUGGUCUCCUUCCCCUGACGAUGAUGGUGUCGAUGAGAGCGGCGCGAAGAUGAAGCUGUACGUGCUCGCGAAGCUGAGGAGCUCCAAGGUGCCAGCGGAGGCACUGGAAUUGAUCCAGAGCAGCGAGGUGAGCGACGACGCCCCCGCCGCGCCGCUGCGGUUCCGGUCCCCCUUCUCCCUCCUGUUCGCCAAGAUCAGCAAGGGGAACGUGUGCGUGGCCGGCGACGCGCUGCACCCGAUGACGCCGGACCUGGGGCAGGGCGGCUGCGCGGCGCUGGAGGACGGCGUCGUCCUGGCGAGAUGCCUCGGCGAGGCAAUCCUCGGCGGUGGCGGUGAUAGCGCAGGAGGUGUCGCAGAGAAGAAGAGGAUCCAGUCGGGUCUGCAGAAGUACGCCGGGGUACGGCGGUGGAGGAGCAUCGACCUCGUCGGAACCGCCUAUGUGGUCGGAUUCUUGCAGCAAAGUAGCAACACGAUCGUGAGCUUUCUACGCGAGAAAUUCUUGGCUGGAAUGCUCGCGAGAAGGCUUAUGAAAAUGUCGAACUACGAUUGUGGAACAUUAUGGAGGUAGCUAAACAUUUGUC